UUUUUUUUUGGUACCAAGAAUGAAAUAUCUUUUAUAUACAAUUUUAUUCGUAUUAUCACUAAGUUACACGUUGGCUUUACCUUUAUCAGAAAGUAAAACAUCAACAAUUGAACUCUUAGAAGAUGAAGCGAUAAUAGAUUCGUCAACAUUAGAAGAAAUUGAAGCACACUUGACGGAAACUAUUGAAGAGUAUAAUUUAAUAGAAGAUGAAGAUAAUUUCCCGGUUCAAAUAGAUAGAUUAGCGCAAAUCAUUUCUACUCAUUUACAAUUUGAUCAUCUUGACGCAGUUAUCAGUAGUGCUGAUAAAGAGAUUGCUACCGAGUUCCAACAUCAUAUUCAAAUUAAUGUGCAGUCUAAUUAUGAUUAUAUGACUACUAACGCAGAAGAAGAAGAAGAGUCCAAAUUCUUGUCACACAAUGCUAAUCAAUAUACAUUUCAACAACAGUUACCGACAUUAGAUAUGAUGGAUCUAGAAAUUCUUAAAUCUCAGAUAUUUGCUGCUAUUCAAGCACAUACGGAAGGCAAUUUGCCUUUAACAUGGGACAAGUUUGCUGAUAAGCUAAGCCGUCAAGCAAUUGAAUCUUAUAUUCAGCAAUUACUUACAACUGUUUGUGGAAAGUCAAUCAAUGACAAUAUCGUUUCAUCUUCUUGUUUACAUGAAUAUGCUGCCCAACUUGCCCUUGAUUUGGAUAACUAUGUUACUGAUAGUCUUGCUCAUGUAUUUGAAGUUCUUGAUCGAGAGGCAUUACCUGAUUUAUUACGACAUACAGCUGAAGACUUGAGAGGUAUUCUCACUUAUUUUAACUCAGCCUUCCUUCAAAACAGUAAUAGAAAAUUUGUGCUUCAAGUAGUCCCCUGGAAUAGUGACACAGAUAACAUUCAUGGCUUUAAAUCAAAAUUAUUAAAAUUAGCUAUUCACCCUAUCCAUGAUGGAACAGAGAAAUCACAUUUAACUGCCUUCUUUAUUGAAUAUGCUCAAAUGGCACGAAUAUAAAUAACUCGUAUUUGUAUUUGUAUUUGUAUAUGUAUAUGUAUAAAUAUAUAUAUAUUUUAUAACGCAUCUUUCUCUUUAUAUAUCUUCAUAUAUACACACACACACACAUACACAAAGCUCAUACCCUUAUUUUAUAACUUUUACAUGUAUGUAUAUGUUUAUUAAACAUUUCUGAAAUAAAACUGUAAAUAAAUAUUCAUUAUUACAAUAAAAA